CUUUUGACUCUUAUGUAGAUGUGGUUGCAUACACCGCAAUGGUGCCAUCAUAUGGAGACACGUAUGGUUGGAUUAUGGCUUCUGAUGAACGAAUGAAUCUUGAUGCUGAAGCACUGAACAACAAGAUAGGGGAAAGAAUCACGGGGGAGUUAAGAUAUCUCGAUGGGCCUGUCAUUGUGGUGUCUACGAUUCUGAACAAGACAUUGAGAAACUCACUAAUGGAAGAGACUCGUAUCUUAACCGAUGAAACGAUGACGGUGGGAUAUGUUCGCAAACCAGGAGUUCGCCGUUAUGAUGCUUAGUGUUAUUUUUGCUGUAGGCUAAUCCAGCUUUUUGGUGGCAUUUUGAACCAAAACUUUACUCUCAUAUUUCAUUACCCUUCAAAAUAACCUUAAUCUCUAGAAAUCUAGGGUCUAAUAAUAACAUGAAUAAGGGAUUCAUGUAAUAAAUGAUCAAAUGCUGAAAGCCUAAUGUUAUUUAUUAUGAAGUUCUCCGGUGUUAAAUGUUAUGAAAUCUCUCUCUCUCUCAUGCAUCAUUGUUAUG